AUGACGACGGUGUGCGUGUGUUGCGUCCCACCUGCGACCUGCUGGCACGAUCUGGAUAACAGCGAGUACGACUGCUGGCCUCUGGAGCGCCCCAACGACUCCAACAUGAUCAGCUGCGGCGGUCUGGAGAUGGCGUGGGUGCUGCGGCCUCCCGAAACCGUGAAGAGCGGGCAGGUGUUUGGCGUAGUCUACUCGGUCUCCGCCCACGACUCCUUCUACAGCUGGGCAGUGGAGAACCGCAUUUUCCCUCACAGUUCCGUCGUGGAUGCAGAAGACGCUCGGAGGUUUUGUCAACAUCACGAGUGCCCCCCCAACUGGAAGGACGCCGACGGUGAAAACUGCUGCAUUCACCACGCCAACAUCCACUCCUGCCCACUCGGAUACAUGACUUCAGAGAGCAUCUGCGGGCCGUGGAUUCCCGAUGACGGAAAGAUCUUCACGCACACCAUCUCCACUUCGGGAAAGAUGACACAAAGCAACUGGAGUGCAAAGGUGGUUCUGCUCCACGUGGGCUUGACCUCGCUCAUCGCGCACAUCCGAGUGGGCCGCAUGCAGGUGGCGCUGGAGGCCAAGACCACCGUGCUCCCCUCCGCGGUCUGCGGCGACGGAGAGUGCCAGGAGGCGGAGCUUUGCGCCACCUGCCCUGCCGACUGCGGCGAAUGCCCCAUGACCUCGUCGGCCAAACUGGCAAUCGGGCUGCCGCUGAGCCUGCUGUCCCUCUGCUUCGUCCUGACCGCCACGUGGCUGAGGUACCAGAAGCAGAAGCUUCUGUGGGAUGAGAGCUGGAUCAUUGAUUUUGACCUCAUCAAGCAAGAUCAGCGCGCGCGCAUGACCUUGGGCAGUUUGAUGAGCGUGGCCGUGGGCCACAGCGACAGCAACACCAGCUGUAUGACGGCCCUCACGUCCUGCGGGGGGCAAACGGCAAGCAGGAAAACCACCUUCACCUGCACGGGGAUCUACGACGGCAGGACGGUGGCCAUCAAAAAGAUUCCCAGUAAAUCCUUCUCUCUGUCCAAGAGCAUCAGACAGGAAGUCAAGCAAGUCAGGGAGUUGGACCACCCAAACCUGUGCAAGUUCAUCGGCGGCUGCGUCCAAGUGCCGAGCGUCGCCAUAGUGACCGAGUACUGCCCCAAAGGGAGCCUCAACGACGUCCUCCUCAACGAGGAGAUUCCGCUCAACUGGGGCUUCAGGUUUUCCUUCGCCACGGACGUCGCGAGGGGGAUGUCGUACCUGCACCAGCACCGCCUCUGUCACGGCCGCCUUAAGUCUCUCAACUGUGUGCUGGACGACCGCUGGGUGUGCAAGAUCACCGAUUACGGCCUGAGGGUGUAUCGAAGAGGGGACGGCGUGGAGCCUCUCUCCGCUUAUCAGCAGAGACUCCAGGAAGUGUACAUGCCUCCCGAGUUUCAAAACUCCAACCUGGAGCCGACGCUGGCUGGAGACGUCUUCAGUUUUUCAAUCAUCCUGCUGGAGAUCGCCACACGCAGCGACCCCGUGCCUGUGGACGAGUCCAGUCUGGAAGGUUCUUGCUGUCCGCCUCUGCCCGAGCUCAUCUCCAGCAAAGCCGACAACACCUGCCCGUGUCCCGCCGACUACGUGGAUCUCAUCCGACGCUGCGGCGCUCACAAUCCCGCCCAGCGGCCCACUUUUGAACAAGUUAAGAAGUACAUCUACCGCAUCAACCCCGUCAAAGUCAGCCCGGUGGACAUGAUGAUGAACCUGAUGGAGAAGUACAGCAAACACCUGGAAGUCCUGGUGGCCGAGCGAACGCAAGAUCUGAUGCAUGAGAAGCAGAAGACUGACAGACUGCUCUACAGCAUGCUUCCUCGCCAGGUGGCCGACGACCUGCGUCAAGGGAAGCCGUCGGAGGCACAGAGCUACGUCAGCGCCACAGUCUUCUUUAGCGACAUCGUCGGCUUCACGCAGCUGUCCAGCUGCAGUACUCCGUACCAGGUGGUGGACUUCCUCAACAAGCUCUACACCGCCUUCGACGACAUCAUCGACAACUACGACGUCUACAAGGUGGAAACCAUCGGCGACGCCUACAUGGUGGUGUCGGGCGUUCCGCGAGAGAACGGCAUCCUUCACGCCUCCGAAAUCGCCAGCAUGGCGUUGGACCUGGUGGGUGUGUGUCACACCUUUCGGAUCCCUCACAAGCCCAGCAUGCAGCUGCAGAUCCGUGCCGGGAUCCACUCGGGUCCUGUGGUGGCAGGCGUGGUUGGAACUAAGAUGCCUCGCUACUGUUUGUUUGGGGACACGGUGAACACAGCUUCUCGUAUGGAGUCCAACAGCCUCGCGUUGAAGAUACAGUGCAGCGCCAGCGUCUUUUACCUGCUGGAGGAGAUCGGCGGCUACGCGCUGACGUGCCGAGGAACGCUGCAGGUGAAGGGCAAAGGCGACAUGGUGACGUACUGGCUGGACGGGAAGACCUCCAAGGAGUUCGACGGCAAAGCCGUCCCCACGGAGACGGCCAAAGAGCGGGAGACGGGAUGCUCCCUUCCGGGCGCGCUCCACGUCGGGGACCUUUGAACCACAGACCCCGACUGAAGGCUGCGUCUUGAACAAGAUUAGCGAGAAAUACCGUACGCGGCACUGACUUCACUGUAACUAGGGCUGGACAAUAAGACCUUAAAAACAAAAUCAUGGAUGUUUAUUUUUUUGUUCCCCUAAAAUCUAAUUUGAAUCCCCCAUGUUCAUAAAAGGAAAAUGAAAAAACAAAAUCCAAAUGACGUUAUUCUAAACUUGGAGUAAGUUUGACUAAAAUGUUCAAAAAGGGUCAAAUCCCUUUGAGAUUAUGUAACAACAAACACGUCCAAAAGCAAAAUUAACGUUCAUCCCGGAAAAUGGGAUUUGUCUUAAUGUGGUGUUGUGACGUUUACGAUGAACAAUAACAAUAGCCAACUUGUGUACAAAAAUAAAGCUAUCAUUCGUGCGUGCAUUUUUUCAUUUCACUGAACAUCUAAAGACUGUUUCGGACAGAAAUGCAAAGCAGCUUUUUAAUUACACGCGAGCGCGCUUGUCGAGAGGCCACUCGUGUCAAGUGGACAGUCUCAAUUUCUCUCGCUGCUUUGAAGCUCGCUCACUCAUUCUAUUAAGUAUUUACAUAUCUGAGAGGCGUGUCCGCGCACGCAAUUCAAAAGCGAGACUGAGCGUUUGCGUGUCCCGGCUUUCAUUUUGGACAAUGUAUCAGACGAGAGACUAAGAAUGCAGCGACAUGCAUCGUUUCCAUGGCUGCUUUGUUUACCCGGUCACGUGACUUCCCGUUUGCGGCCAUCGGCUUCCGAACGCGGGUGUGAAGACCUCCAGAUGCGGCGCCCGGGCACUUCAGUCAGCUUUUUCGUGCGAGGGGUCGCCAUGCUCACGCUCGGACGGUCGGGGCUGCUCCGCUGCCUGCUGUUUUCGGCCAUCGCGGCGCUGAUUCUCUUGAUCAGCUCCGUGUGGCUCCGUAAGUCACUGCACCCACGAGUACACACUGCGGCGCCUCAACGUCCCCCCCAGUUGACCAAAAAUUUCUCCAGGCGCUUUUAACGCUCUCCGAACCCUUCCGCAGCUCAGGGUGGCGUCGGAGAGUGCGGCCCUGCACACUCUCCAUGCCGGACGUAUGGGAAAACGCCUCAACCUGCAUUGGCGCAACCCGACGGAGCCUCGCCCCUCAUCCGGGACUGCCCCGGCCAAUCGUUUCAGGCCUCGCGGCUGCUGCGCUUUUUGACGUCCAGCCUCUCCGUUGCCGACGACGUCCUGCUGGAGCCGUACCUGCGGAGCUGGGACCAGCUGAUCGCGUACGCGCCGAUCGACGCAGCGCACGGUGGCGUCCGGGCACUGAACGCGCUGCGCUCUCUUCU